AUGCACCAAUGCUUGACGAAGAACAAACAGAAUUUUUCGUGGUUUUUGAAUAAAAUCGUACAAGAAGGACGAAAUGUUUGUCAACCAAAUAAAACACUACUACGACGAGAAAAUCUCCCGUAUCAUGUACAUCUCUUCGUCGCAUUCAUCUUAUUUCUCGUUGCUAUUGUUAUUGGCAGCGUUUAUUUGAAUGCUUGUUCUAAUGAACGAAUGAUUUCUGUUUUUCUCAUCGUUCAAGGUGCAUGUGGUCUCUUUAUAGUUCUAGUUCAUAUUGCUGCGGCUAUCGUUCAUCACAAUGCAAUUAUUUGUCCUUUUCGGUUACCCACAAAUGUGGUUAAAUGUGUGUUUGCUUUCACUUACUGUCUUGUGACGUUUUCUAUUAUUUGGUUUGUUUUCGGUCAUGCUUGGAUAAUGAAAUCAAAAAACACCUUUCAAGAUGGACAAAUCUGCAAGACAAGUGCUUCGAAAUUUAUCAUAAUCAUUCUAUUUUACGAAUAUAUUGUUGGAAUUUGGUAUGUGGGUUCUCGUGUUUGGAAUGAUCCAUCAAUUCUGACUUUGCUUCAAAAUAUACUACAACGCCGACUUCAUCAAUUACGUCCGUCAAUCGUAUUGCAAAUCAUUGAUACAUCAGGUGACGAGCUCGAUGAAGUUUCGAUUGCGCAACAACCGGUACCACUUGCCAAUAUUCGUAAUGCUAUUCAAACGUCACACAUUGGAUGUAUUGUAUACAUUGUGAUUGGUUUAAUUCUUGGUGGUGUACUAUUGAUUCUCAUCAAAGUGGCAUUAGUUGCACCAUCAAUCAUGGUAAUCCCUACACAGUGCUCAACUUAUACAACAAUCACCGACUCUACGCGUCGCGUUUCCUCUACAUCGUGUUGUCAGAAUGACUAUAAUUAUGAAAGUGGAUGGUACCGUUUCACGGGUGAGGGUGGCACGCAACUCGUCACAACACCAUUGCAUCAAAACAACAUCUGCUCCAGUAGUUAUCCGGGGUGGUGGAAUGGAACCUUACCGAUGGAAGCUGGCUCCAGCAAUGUAGGAAAAGUGUGCUUUUACGAAGGCAGUUCGUCUUGCGAUAGCUCAAUAUCUCCAAUUAUCGCGACUAACUGUGGCAAUUAUUAUGUGUUUUACUUGUUGCGUAUACAAUGUUGUUCAUCACGUCGUUAUUGUACAACAUAA